AUGACUCUGCACAGGCCGCUGUGGGAAAACGUCUACACCAGACCCCAGAUCUGGAGUGCAAGUCGGCCCAACUUCCAGAGGGAUCCAGAUUUGACUGGGAUUAAGAACAGCAGUGAAACAGGCUCCAGCCCCGGGCGGCAGCGGCGGCAGCGCCGGAGCCGAAGGCAGCCGGACGCGGAGAGGAGCGCGGAGCCCAGGAGAAGCCCCGGGUACCCGCCGGACCAUUGUGACUGUCUAGCGCUCGGGGUGUCGUGGGCAAUCGGUGGACACGAAGGGGGGUGGUCUGGCUGCUUGAGGGAGCCGGCAGGGGUCCAGCCUCCCGCCGUGGGCGUCUGGGAAGGAGCUGGGGCCGGAGCUGCCCAGAGUUGGUUCCCUCCGCAGAGUCCCAGGUCUCGAAAACCAAAGAAGAAGAACCCCAACAAAGAAGACAAGCGGCCCCGCACGGCCUUCACGGCCGAGCAGCUGCAGAGGCUCAAGGCUGAGUUCCAGACCAACAGGUACCUGACGGAGCAGCGGCGUCAGAGCCUGGCGCAGGAGCUCAGCCUCAACGAGUCGCAGAUCAAGAUUUGGUUCCAGAACAAGCGUGCCAAGAUCAAGAAGGCCACGGGCAACAAGAACACGCUGGCCGUGCACCUCAUGGCGCAGGGCCUGUACAACCACUCGACGACCGCCAAGGAGGGCAAGUCGGACAGCGAGUAGGGCGGGCGGGCGCCGCAGCCCAGUCUCGGUCGGUCGGCGCAAAACAAUGCAAUAAUUUAAAAUCAUAAAGGGCCAGUGUAUAAAGAUUAUACCAGCAUUAAUAGUGAAAAUAUCGUGUAUUAGCUAUGGUUCUGC